CAAAACAAACAACAGUUUUUACCCACAAAUCAGUUACGACAACGGCAUAGUCUACAAUAGUGUCUUCAACAAAUGUACAAAACAUAACACAAACAAUGACAUCGUCUACAAGCAUGUCAACACUUACAGCCUCACAGGCAACUACUUCGUAUGUAAGCAAGUCAAUCACUUCAUCACAAAAAGUGACAUUAGCUUCAAGCAGAUCAGCAAUUAGAUCGCAAACAACAGUAACGACAAUAAGCAAACCAGCAGCAACGAUAUCAGAGACAACAACUUCGGCGCCAACCAAACCUCUGACAACUUCGUCCGCACUUUUCAUGGCCUCUUUGACCAGCAUAUCUGCAACUGUCACAACACCUGCUUUAACAUUGAAACAAUCAUCAACUAUCUUACCUGAGGAUUCUUUUGAUCAGCAUACUCCGCUUUUCUGGGGAAUGAUAGCCGUGCUGUGUGCCCUGGCGGUUGUGGCUCCGAUUGUUGCCAUCGUCAUUGUGAAGAAGAUCGUGCAAGUGAAACCUCAAGACACCUCUGCAUCCGCAUCCACUCCAGUUACGCAUAUUUCAAAUGUUGGACUCAACUUUUAAACAAAAAGCUUAUGAUAAAAUAGUUGUUUAUGAAUAUCAUUUUGCAUUAUACUGUCGGUGUAAUGCUGCAUAAAUACUCUAAUAAAGAGUGAUUAAUGGCUACUUGGUAGUAAAUCGUCAAUAAAUAUUCUAAUGUUUAA